ACUAACGAUGUGGUUGAAUACAAACCAGAUCUUGUUGAUUUUCGAGUUUUACCCAAAAAAAAAACAAUCAUUGCCAUUCUAUUCCAGGCACCUACCCUUCUCCUAUAUAUCUCCUCCAAGUUCUAGGACAGCACCAAAAUUCUAGCCAACCAUCAAGAUGCAACAAGCCACCGGCUCUAACUGUCACGUUGCGGUCUUAGCCUUCCCCUUCGCCACCCACCCUCCUCCACUCCUGACCAUCACUCGUCGCCUAGCCUCUGCUGCCCCAAGCACUUUGUUUUCAUUCUUCAGCACUUCAGAAUCCAACACCUCUCUCUUCUCCACAUCCCUACCAAUGCUACCAAACAUCAAAGCCUAUAACAUUUCGGAUGGUGUACCGGAAGGCCAUGUUUUUGUUGAGAAGCCCCUGGAGGACAUCGAAUUGUUCAUGAAAGUGGGGCGUGAAAAUUUCAGGAAAGGAAUGGAAGUGGCAGUGGCAGAGACGGGGAGGAAACUGAGCUGUUUGGUGACUGAUGCAUUCCUUUGGUUUGGUAAAGAGAUGGCAGAAGAGAACGGUGUAGCUUGGGUGCCAUUUUUUGUUUCAGGAGUUUGCCCCCUUUCUUCCCAUGUUUAUACUGAUCUCAUCAGAGAAAAUUUUGGAGUUGCAGGGAUUGUUGGGCGAGAAGAUCAAACCCUCGACUUCAUUCCUGGAAUGUCUAAGGUACGCAUCCACGACUUGCCUGAAGGAAUCGUCUCUGGAAAUCUGGGAUCAAUUUUUUCUCGCAUGUUGCAUCAAAUGGGCCAAGUGCUACCUCAGGCAGCUGCAGUCUUCAUAAACUCAUUUGAAGAACUAGACCCUGUGAUUACAAAUGAUAUGAAAUCCAAGUUCAAAAAAUUCCUCAACGUCGGACCUUUGAUCCUUUCAACACCACCACCAGCAGUCCCAGAUUCACAUGGUUGCCUUGCUUGGCUUGACAAGCAAAAACCUGCAACAGCGGCAUAUAUUAGCUUUGGCUCGGUCGCAACCCUACCUCCAAACGAACUUGUAGCAGUGGCAGAAGCAUUAGAAGCUAGCAGGGUUCCUUUCAUAUGGUCUCUCAGAGAUAAUUCAAAGGUAGAUUUGCCUAAUGGGUUCCUAGACAGGGCCAAUGGUAUAGUGGUGCCAUGGGCUCCCCAGAUAGAUGUGCUGGCUCAUAGUGCUGUUGGGGUGUUCAUAAGUCAUGGUGGUUAUAACUCAACGCUAGAGAGCAUAGCAGCAGGUAGGGUGCCAAUGAUUGUCAGGCCAUUUUUUGGGGAUCAUGGACUCAACGGUCGAAUGGUACAGGAUGUCUGGGAGAUUGGUGUGAUUGUUAAGGGUGGAAUUUUCACAAAGAAUGGCCUAAUCAGUAGUUUGGAUCUAGUUUUAUCCCAAGAAAAGGGGAAGAAAAUGAGGGAGAAUUUGAAGGCAAUCAUGGAACUUGCGCAAAGAGCAGUUGGACCAGAAGGUAGCUCCACUGAAAAUUUCAAGGCAUUGUUGGAUUUAGUAUCUAGGUAAAAUUACUACUCCCCAGCAUUGUGUUUUCAAAGGCAAUAUGGAAUUGUCUGGCCUUCAGGUUUUAUCCCUUGGACGUUCAAUCCAUCCUGUCAUGUUAUUUGUUAUAUAAUGACAGACUCGUAA